AUGAAGCCUACUGUUAUUCAAGAUGGUAAAUAUUACAUCAUAUUUAGUACCUCCUCUUCGCGUCGCCACAACGACCAGCAGCUCAAAAGAAUGAAACAAACUGGAGAAAGGAUUCGAAAUUGUGGACCAUUAUAUUUUGAAGUCCAGAAGUAUCUUUGGUCUUUGCCUCUGAUGAAUAAAGGCAAAGCAAUGAAGCUUGCACAAGAAAUAUCAAGAUUGAUACAUAUCCACCUUGAUAGGCAAGCAAUAAGGCAAAAAGAGUCAUUAAUUUGCUGGUAUUGUGAGAACUGGAUCAAGGUUCGCUUCCUUAUCGAACCCAUUUACAAUUUCCUUAGAAUUCAGACACCAGAUUCGAAACUUUUGAACCAAGUUCUUAAUAUCGAGUCACCAGCUCCAGCGGAGGAUGUUGACAAUUUUGAAUUUAAUGUGUUCGAAGAUGAUCAGAUCAAUGUAUUCUGA